CUUGUUCCACAGGGUUGCAGUUGGUUGAUUCUACCCUUUUCUUACAAGGGUACGUAUCUUCAUAUUUUGGUGUGAACAUCUGGACUUUGCAGUUGGAUGUGUCUUGUGCACGAACGCGAUAAAUCAUUUUCUACAAGAGAGAAUUUAUUGGAAAACGGUAGCAGAUGGCGAAUGCUAUUCAACGAAAAAUUGCUGUGAUGGGUUAUCCGUGCGUCGGAAAAUCUUCUAUCACAUUACGAUUUGUGUAUGGUAAUUUUCCAGACGCAUAUGACACAACCAUUGAGGAUAUCUAUACGAAACCGUAUAAAUUUAAUGGAAAGCAGUUUGCUCUGCAAAUCACUGACACUGCGGGACAACAAGAAUUCUCAUUAUUUCCACGUAGCUGUGCAAUAGAUAUUGAUGGAUAUAUCCUGGUUUAUGCGAUUGAUGAUCGAAAAUCAUUUGAAAUAGUUCAGUCCAUUUACGAUAAAAUAAUGGAAAAUCUCGGGGACAAAAACAUACCAAUUGUGGUUGUGGGAAAUAAACUGGAUCUGCACUUCAAUGCACGUCACGUUUCAACAGAGGAGGGACGACAGUUAGCCGUUUCUUGGAAUGCUGCUUUUUUAGAAACAUCGGCAAAAGAUAAUACAUCUGUGGAACAAAUCUUUGAUUGUUUGCUGCGUGAAAUUGAAAUUGCAAAUGGGAAUAUGAAGCGAAACCAGAAUGGUUGUGUACUUUCUUGAAAUUAAUAAAACAAAGCAGCUUCUGUGCUAGAAUGAGGAAGUUCCAUUUUAACGCUGCCAGAAAUCAAUUUUACGCUCAUUUGUAAAUUAUUGUAAAUAUAAGUCUCGUCGUGUUAUUUAUUUUGGCCUGUUUUUACAAACUUAGUUAUUGGAAAAAUUCUGCUAUGAAAGUUUA